GCCUGGGAAUAUUGUCUAAAUGACAGAAGAAACCACUCCACCAUAUCAUAUCUUCAUCCCUCUCUCUCCGUGCCGAUGCCUACUCCAUAUACUCCGGCACCCCAAGUUCUUCUUCAAUCUCCUUCGCUUGGCAACUCUUUUUUAUUUACCAACACCUGCAGACUCAACUACAGCAUAUUCACAGUGAGAAAGCUUGUUUUCCUUCCAAAAUCAUCAUUAUCCACUGCAAAUAUUGCAUCCCCAGAAGUGUUAUCCCAUUUGAUUGACAAAGAAAUCAGCUUCAGUGGCCUACCCAUCAAAAAAGAAAAGCCUGAAACCAGUAGAUUGCAGGUGGAGAAUUUCGUGGAUGUAAUUAGAGCAUUACCCUGCAAAGAGAGAAUUGAUAUUCUCAACACUUUUACAAAAGAUUACCAAAAUUGGAGCAUAUCGGACUUCAAUGAUUUUCUCAUGGCUUUACUCGUAGCUAAUGAGCCUAACCUCGCCUUAAUACUUUGUUCUGAUAUAUCUUCUCAUGGUUUGACACCAGAUUCUUGCACAUUUUCCAUCAUAAUCAAGUGUCACUGCAAGAGGAAUGAUCCUGAUGAAGCUAAAAGGGUUUUAGACCGCAUGCUAGAAAAUGGGUUAAAACCAAAUGUGGCUACUUUGACCAUGUUGAUCAAUUCAUUUUGCAAGAGGGGUAGAUUGCAGAAAGCUUUCGAAGCCUUUGAGGUCAUGGAAAGAAUUGGGUGCAGACCAACGGUGCAAACAUAUAAUUGCUUGUUAAAGGGAUUAUGUUACGUGGGGAGGGUGGAGGAAGCAUAUGAACUACUAGAAGAUAUCAAGAAAUCUUCCAUAGCACCAGAUAUUUAUACAUACACAGCUGUGAUGGAUGGUUUUUGUAAGGUAGGUAGAUCAGAUGAGGCAAUGGAGCUGCUUAAUGAAGCUCUGGAGACGGGAUUGACACCAAGUGCUGUCACUUUUAACACUCUGUUGGAGGGCUAUAGUAAAGAAGGGAGGCCACUCAAAGGAAUUGGCGUGUUAAAGAAAAUGGAACAGAGAAAUUGCAUGCCUGAUUAUAUUAGCUAUAGCACGCUAUUGCAUGGUUUGUUGAUAUGGAGGAAAAUAGGAGCAGCACUGCGAAUUUAUAAGGAAAUGGUGGGGAAUGGUUUUGAGGCAGAUGAGAGGUUAAUGAACAGUCUGUUGAGAGGUUUGUGUAGAAAAUUCUUGAAGGAAAAUGACCUAUUGGAAGAUGCCUAUCAGAUGUUCGAGAAAAUGAAUAAAAGGCCAUAUGUUAUUGACCACAGAACGUACAGUCUAGUAAUCCAAGCUCUUUCCAUGGGAAAGAAAGUGGAUGAUGCUCUGGCCAGUUUGCACCAGCUGAUUAGACGUGGAUAUAUUCCAAGAAUAAACACCAUGAACAGUAUAAUUCGAGCAUUUUGCGCGGAGGGAAAGAUAGACAAGGCAUUUUCGGUGUUAGUUCUGAUGUAUGAAACUCAUAAAAUCCCAAGUAGAAUAUCCUACGAUCUCAUGAUUCGUGAAUUGAAUAGACAAGGAAAGUCUUUAGAGGCUUGUAACGUCUACGGUGCAGCGUUGGUUCGAGGUGUGGUUCCCAUCAAAAAGCCCCAACAAUGAGAGGAAAUGCUUGCAACAAUUAUUUGCCUUC